UGUUGUGGCCGUCUCCAUCUCUAGUCUUCGUCUUCGCCUGUGUCUCAAGUCUUCGUCUCCGUCUCCGUACAUCUUUGUCUUUUUCUCAAUCUCAAGUCUUCGUCUUCGUCUCAGUCUCAAUAAGUGAUUGGGGAAAUAGCACCUAAUUAACGAGGACUUGACUCAAAAGGAAAAACAAAAAACCACACCCAUGAAGAUUCUCAAGUCAAGCAAGCCUUGUAAUAUUUGUGUAUAUAUGAUGAUUAUUGCAUACAGUUAUUAGGGACUUAAUUAUCAUAAUAGAAUCACAAUUUGCAGCCAUGGAGAAAAAGCUUUAUUGCAUUUUUGCAUUCCUCACCAUAACCUUCCAAAUGCUUUCUUGUGUAGCCAAACAACCUAUGAGCCUUGCCACUGAUCAAACUGCCCUUCUUUCACUCAAACAACACAUCACCUCCGACCCUUCUCGCAUACUUGCAACUAAUUGGACCAAUUCGAGCUCCGUCUGCAACUGGAUUGGCGUCGCUUGCAGCUUGCGCCACCGAAGAGUAGCUGCCUUGAAUCUCUCCAACAUGGCUCUCUCCGGCACCAUUCCACCACAGCUCGGACACCUCUCCUUCCUCGUCUCCCUCGACCUCACCAGCAACCUUUUCCAUGGAGAUUUGCCUCAUGAGCUGUCUUUCCUUCGCCGUUUGAAGUUCAUAUCUCUCCGACUCAACAACUUCACCGGAGACAUCCCUCCGUUGUUUGGUCAGCUACCAAAAUUAGAGUACUUGAAUUUACGCAACAACAGCUUCAUAGGUUCCAUCCCAAAAUCGCUCUCAAACCUAACAAACCUACAAUUUCUUGACUUAUCUUCCAAUUCUCUAAGUGGAGAAAUUCCAAAAGAGUUGGGGAGACUUCAAAGUCUACAAACUCUACGGUUUCAAUUCAAUCAUCUCUUUGGUGCUAUACCAUCAGCCAUAUUCAACAUAUCGACCCUUGUAGCUAUAGCAUUGAGAAACAAUGAAUUGAGUGGAAGUCUUCCAACAGACAUGUGCCGUAAUCUUCCAUUUCUUGCUAUGAUUCUUCUUUCUGAAAAUCGGCUGAGUGGUACGAUUCCCAGAAAUAUAUCCCAAUGUUCACGACUUGAGGUUUUGAGCCUCUCUUACAACUCUUUUAGUGGGCAGAUACCUUCAGAAAUCGGAUACUUAACAUCUCUUCAGGGGUUAUAUCUUGGUGGUAACAAGUUGAAUGGUAUAAUACCACAUGAGAUUGGCAAUCUUCAGAGUCUGGUUGAGUUUGGUGCAGAAUAUAAUGAGAUUGCGGGAUCAGUUGAUUUCAGUAUUUUCACGAAUAUGUCUUCUCUGCAAACCUUACUACUUUGGCGCAACAAAUUCGCGGGGAAUCUUUCAAGGGAUGUCGGGAAUUUUACAAUGCUAACAACUUUGGAACUCUCGGAAAACUACUUGACAGGGCUUAUUCCCUCUGAAUUUGGCCAACUUUACCAACUGGAGACAUUACUACUACAAUGGAACAGCUUGAGUGGCUCGAUUCCACAAGAGCUCUUCAACAUUUCAACUCUUGAGAUUCUCUCACUUGUUGGCAAUGCUCUGUCAGGCAUUCUUCCAACCCACGUAUGCCAUGGUUCUCCCUCUCUUGAAGAACUUUAUCUUGGGGGAAAUUACAUGAGUGGAGCAAUACCCAACUCUAUCUCUAACUGUUCUCAACUCACAUCACUCGCACUUGAGGAGAACAAGUUCAAUGGUUAUAUACCUACUGAUCUCGCCAACCUAAGACAUCUCAAAUAUCUUUCUCUGUUCAGAAACAAUCUUACCCAGUCACCGUCUUCUUCUUUCAUUACUUCAUUGACAAAUUGCAGGUUUCUAACUGAUUUGUUAAUUGCUGAUAAUCCUCUAUACGGAGUCAUUCCAGCUUCUGUCGGGAACUUAUCUUCCUCACUUCAAACAUUCGGUGCCUACAAAUGCAAAUUCAGUGGUAACAUUCCUAUUGAAAUAGGAAAUUUAAGCAAUUUGGUGACACUGGCUUUGCAGGUCAAUGAGUUAUCCGGUAAUAUUCCACUAACUAUCAAACAUCUGCAUGAACUUCAAGGAUUAAGUCUGUCUAAUAACAUGUUGGGAGGCACCAUUCCACAUGCUAUAUGUGAUCUAUUCAGCCUCAAUACUUUUCUUAAUAGGGGGAAUCAAUUUUCAGGCCCAAUUCCUAAAUGUCUGGGAAAUGUCUCUUCUUUAAGACAUCUUAAUCUGGAAUCUAACAUGUUGAAUUCAAGCAUACCAUCAAGCUUAUGGGGCCUAAAAGAUUUGAUCAAUCUAGACCUGUCCUCAAAUUCAUUGAAUGGGUCACUACCUCUAGAGAUGAGUAACUUAGGAGCAGCGAUCUAUAUAAAUCUAUCAAUGAAUCACUUGUCAGGGUCUAUUCCAAGCACUAUCGGAAAGUUGCAGAAUUUGAUUAAUCUAUCUUUGGCAAAUAAUAGACUAGAAGGUUCUAUUCCCGUGUCUGUGAAAAGCAUGAUCAGUUUGGUAACUCUUGACUUAUCCUACAACAACCUCUCUGGUUCAAUUCCAAAAUCUUUAGAAGCACUUCAACACCUUGACUACUUUAAUGUUUCUUUCAACAAUUUAAGUGGAGAAAUUCCUAAUGGAGGUUCUUUUAGAAACUUCACUAUGGAUUCUUUUAAGGGUAAUGAGGCAUUGUGCGGAAUCCCCAAGUUCCAUGUCCAAAUUUGCUCUUCAAUUUCUAAUCACAAAUCAAAGAGAAAGAAGGUGGAGCGAGCUUCAUUUAUUAUUUUUGGGGUUGUGGCUUUCAUCUUAGUUGUUUCUUUAGCCUUUAUAAUUGUCAGAAACAAAAGGAAAGAUAUGACGACUAGAGAAGUUGAUGAGUUGAUAUUCAUUGUGCCGGAAAGAAUCUCUUAUUAUGAACUGAUGCAAGCAACAGAAGAAUUCGAUGAAAGCAAUUUACUUGGUACUGGGAGUUCUUGCUCUGUUUAUAAAGGAAUUCUUAACAAUGGGAAGGAUAUCGCUGUCAAGGUGUUUAAUAUGCAGCUAGAAGGUAUUUCAAGAAUAUUUGAUGUCGAAUGUGAGAUACUACGUAGUAUUCGACAUAGGAAUUUGACAAGCGUCAUAUGCAGUUGCUCUAAUGAAGAUUUCAAGGCAUUAGUACUUGAAUAUAUGCCAAAGGGAAACCUUGAAAAAUGGUUAUAUUCCCACAACUAUUGCUUGAAUCUGAUGGAAAGAUUGAAUAUAAUGAUAGAUGUUGCAUCUGCUUUGGAGUAUCUUCACCACGGUUAUUCAAUGCCCAUUGUCCACAGCGACUUGAAGCCUAGUAAUGUGUUGUUAGAUGAAGGCAUGGUAGCCCAUGUAAGCGAUUUUGGGAUAGCAAAGUUGUUAUGCGAUGGAGAUAGCUUUGUGUUAACCAACACGCUAGCAACAUUGGGUUACAUCGCUCCAGGUGAAGUUACUCUAAAUAUAUUGAUUGCACUUCACUUUCAAUUAAUUAAUUGUGUCUUCCUUACUACAUACAUCAUGAUUUUUGUUGUUCCAGAGUAUGGUUUAGAAGGGCUACUUUCAACAAGGUGUGAUGUGUAUAGCUACGGGGUGAUGCUAAUUGAAACUUUUACGAGAAAAAGGCCUAGUGAUGAUAUGUUUUGCGGAGAUAUGAGCUUAAAGAGAUGGGUAGAACUCUCUCUUCUAGAGAUCCCAAAUGAAGUGAUAGAUGCACACUUAGUCAUGAAUUUGGAGGAAGAGCAGAUUGACAAGAAUAUGCAGUGUGUGUCAUCCAUACUUGAACUGGCUCUGAAAUGCUCCGCGGACUCUCCCGGGGAUAGAAUCAACAUGAAACAAGCACAUGCAGAGUUGCAGAAAAUCAAACGUCGAUUUUCCCAAUAAGAUUCAAUGGAGAAGCUUGAAAAUUGAGCAGGAAACAGCAAAGGAAUUGGAAAACCAUGGCAGCGUGUUUUUAAGUUUGAGUAGCUCUUUAUGUUUGUUUACCUGAGUUUACUUUUUCCGAAUAAGAAAUAAAUAAUGUAGCUCUGUUGUAUUUGAACUUUAGAAACAUGGCCUGUACGGGAAUUUAGAUGUUAUACGGUUCAGCUUUGCUUGGUGAGGUGGAAAUGUUAACGACACCGUUUGGAGAUUUGAAGAUGGGCUGGCAAAAUUGGCACUUUGAUUU